AUGGUAAACCUAGCUAUAAAUCCAGCUCACAGUGACGCAUGGCAGAAACUAGCCCAAGAGUGCGCCCAAGGCGCUGUCUACGACUCAAGUGAACGUCAGCCGCACUCCAAGUGUCUUCCCGGUACCAGAGUCAACCUCCUCCAGACAUUGCAUACACUCGUUGAUGACGGCACGCGGAAGAUCGUAUGGGUUUCCGGGGAGUCGGGGUCGGGGAAGUCGACGGUAGCGCAUACAUUAGCAGACGAGCUGCGACAGCAGGGCAAGCUGGCAGGCACGUUUUUCUUUUCAAGAAAGCACACUAAACGAAGCACUUGUCAUUAUGUCUUUCUCACCCUUGCAUAUCAACUCGGGUUGCAUCAUCCUCGUGCCCGGGAGUCCAUCAUGAAGGCUAUCACCGACGACCCCGCUCUGUUGUCUCCAGAAAAGUCGCAUUACGACCUGCUAGAAAAGCUCGUCAUUCAGCCAUUGAAGCAUCUAUCGUCUGUUUGGAAAGGCAGAGCUGGUAUAUCAAUCAUCUUGGACGCCCUUGACGAGGGCACCGCGAACGGGACCCAUCAUCUCAAACCAUUCAUUCUCUUGUUUGGUCGUCUGAUCCAUGACGUCUCCCUUCGUAUCCAUAACAUUCUCAUCACGAGCAGGCCAUGGCCUCAGAUCGGCGCGGUCAUGAAUAGUGCGGAUCUUGCGAGUGUUGUCAAGACCGUGCUAAUCAGCGACUUUGACUCCCGAGAGGACGUCGCCCUCUUCUUUCGACACGCGUUUGAUCAGAUAUACAAGACUCACGAUCUCGUCGCAUUAUGCCCUCAGCCGUGGCCACCGGAGCGCGACUUCACGACGUUGUGUGAGCGUGCAGGCGGUCGUUUCAUCUUUGCGGCAACUAUCGUCAGGCUACUUAACCAGAGGCAGCCCCUUGACCGCCUGUCCUUGAUUUGCAGAAUGCUACGUGGCGGUGUAGCUGGCGUCUGGGGGAUCGACCACUUGUACGCCUCCAUCAUCAACGACAUGGACGAGUUCACUCGCUCUAGCGGGCUACGAUACCUUUCCUUCAUUGUCAACCUAGCCGAACCCCUUGCCGUCCCCGAUUUACAACAGUUCUUCAGGGUCACAGAUGUUCAUUCGUGUCUCUUGCCCUUUUCAGCUCUACUUUCCAUCCCUUCCGUAGGUUCUCUCGACCCAGUUCAGAUAUACCACACGUCCUUUCGCGAUUUUCUACUCCACAAGCAUGGUGAUGACCAGACUGACACUGCUCUCUCUCACCGUUAUCUAUCUUGUCGCUGCUUCGAAAUAAUGGGCAAUUUGCUCAAGCGGGACAUCUGCGGACUUCAGGAUCCAUCCUUGAUGCACAGUGAUAUCGCUGAUUUUGCAGAGAGGCGUGAUGCGGCGAUUCCUCGUUCACUUCGAUAUGCCUGUCUAUACUGGCUUCAUCAUCUUCGAGAGAUUGUACCGGAUGAAGAGGUGCAUGGACAUCUUCUUGAUUUCGUCGAUGGAAAAAUUAUGUUUGUGAUAGAAGCUUACGCGGUCCUCGGCGAACUAGGCGCCGGAGUGGAGCUUUUCAGAUCUGCCCGAAAACUUAUCAACAAGAGCUGGCCUGCAGCUUUGUUCCCGCGCAAGGAUCACGUAGUCGCGCUGUUGUACGACAGCUGGCGUUUGACUCUCGACUUCUUCGACGCAAUUCGCUUAUCCGCCCUCCACGUAUACGAGUCGGCCCUCCCAUGCAGCCCAUUGAAAUCAGCCAUCCGCCGUACCUAUAGCUGGGUGCUUGAAGAAGCGAGUACGUUUGUGUUUGAAGAAGGGCUGGAUAAUGAUUGGGAUUGUGUUACGCGUGUUAUUGAGAUGGAGGAGACUUUCAGUGACCUCUCUCUGUCCCCCGAUGGCUCGCAGGUUGCCUGCGUCUUCCUAUCAUCUGUGGGUGUGUGGGAUACAGCUUCUGGGUUACUUGUUGGUCAUCUCGCACUCGACCCUCCGACGACUCCGAGUCACGAUCGGUACUUUGGAACUGAAAUGCUCCACGGCGGCACUAUUAUCGCAGUAGUCUGUGGCGACUCUCCGUGCUCUCUUUGGAGGCCAGCUACCGGGUUACUAUCCCCACUCCAUAAGCCAUCCGCCGAAAGGCGAGACAUCCCCCUUGCAUUUUCCCAUAGCGGGACGAUGCUUGCCUGCCUUAGCAUUGAUAACCCAAUGUCGAAUUUGAAGUCUACCAUUCGGAUAUAUGACGUGAGGACUUGCGAACAGAUAUCGCAAUUCUCGAUCAACGACAGGCCUUUCUUUCCCGGGGCUACGGCAAGCUUUUCUCUUAACGAUGACCUCCUUCUGCUGCACGACCCAUUGUCUGGAAGAACGUUUGUCAUCGAUCCCGCCAAUGGCAACUUCUUGGAACAAUUACCCCAUUGCAGCGGUGAUUGGCACGUUUUUGGUCCCUUUAAUGAUCAAAUCCUUCAGAUUAUCCAGCCCAAUC